ACUCACCGACCGCCGCGGUGCACGGAGCGGAUGUUGGACGCCUGAAGCCCCGCGUGUGUCACGGACCAGCGCCGGAGAUCCGACCGUAUUCACCGGGGAAGAAAUGUGGAGAGACUCUACCGCUCGGUGCUGACGCAGAAAAACACAAGAUGAAGAAGCAGUUCAACCGGAUGAGACAGCUCGCCAACCAGAGCGUGGGCAGGGCGGAGAAGACCGAAGUGUUAAGUGACGACCUGCUGCAGGUGGAGAAACGUCUGGAGCUGGUCAAGCAGGUGUCCCACAGCACCCACAAGAAGCUGACUGCGUGUCUGCAGGGCCAGCAGGGCGUGGACCUGGAGAAGAAGUCCGUCAGGUCGCCCUCGAAAAAGCUUCCUCUCACAACACUCGCACAAUGUUUGGUGGAGGGGGCGGCAGUGCUGGGAGACGAGACUCUACUGGGGAAGAUGCUGAAGCUCUGCGGCGAGACGCAGGAGAGCCUCGCCCAGGAGCUCAUCAUGUUCGAGGCCACCAUAGAGAGGGACGUGGUCGAGCCGCUGUACGACCUCGCCGAGGUGGAAAUCCCAAACAUCCAGAAACAAAGGAAACAUUUAGCAAAACUGGUCCUGGACAUGGACUCUGCACGCACAAGGUAUUACCAGUCCACCAAGUCGUCAGGACUGUCCAGCAACCUGCAGCCGACCGGAGGGAAGGCCGACCACCACCGGGAGGAGAUGGAGGAGGCAGCCAACCGCAUGGAGAUCUGUCGAGAUCAGUUAUCGGCAGACAUGUACAGUUUUGUGGCCAAAGAAAUUGACUAUGCAAGCUACUUCCAGACACUGAUAGAAGUCCAGGCCGAGUACCACAGGAAGUCAUUAGAGCUGCUUCAGAGUGUCCUGCCGCAGAUCAAAGCUCAUCAGGAGACCUGGGUGGAGAAGCCGUGCUUUGGGAAACCAUUAGAGCAGCACUUAGCGCUCAGCGGGAGAGAUAUUGCCUUCCCCAUCGAGGCCUGUGUCACUAUGCUGCUGGAGUGUGGCAUGCAGGAGGAGGGUUUGUUCCGAAUCGCCCCCUCCGCCUCCAAACUGAAGAAGCUGAAGGCGUCUCUGGACUGCGGCGUGUUGGACGUGCAGGAGUACUCCGCAGACCCACACGCCAUCGCUGGGGCCCUGAAGUCGUACCUGCGGGAGCUGCCUGAGCCUCUGAUGACCUUUGAACUCUACAACGACUGGAUCCAGGCCUCGAUCAUUCAAGAUCAGGACACGAGGCUUCAGGCUCUUCUCAGCGCCUGUGAGAAACUCCCCCCCGCCAACAACAACAACUUCAAGUACUUGAUCAAGUUUCUCUACAAACUGACCGAGUACCAGGAUGACAACAAGAUGACACCCGGAAACAUCGCGAUAGUCCUCGGACCGAACCUGCUGUGGACGCACAACGACGGGAACAUCACGGAGAUGAUGACGACAGUGUCCCUGCAGAUCGUGGGCAUCAUCGAGCCGGUGAUCCAGCACGCCGACUGGUUCUACCCCGGAGAAAUCGAGUUCAACGUCACCGGGAACUACGGGAGCCCAGUCCACACCAACCACAACGCCAACUACAGCCUGAUGCCGUCUCCGGACCUGGACCAGAUGGAGCGCCGGCAGAACGAGCAGAGCCGGCGGCCGCUCAGCGUGGCCACGGACAACAUGAUGCUGGAGUUCUACAAGAAAGACGGCAUCAGGAAGAUACAAAGCAUGGGAGUCAGGGUGAUGGAUACCAGUUGGGUCUCGCGCAGGGGCUCGUCGUCCGCUCGUAAAAGCGCCUCCACGCCACCGGGCGUGCUGCCCCCCCACCCGCCCACCGACCCGCUCAGCCCCGAGCACCAUGGGGAGCUCUGCGUCUCCCCCGCCCCCACCCCUCCUCCCACUAGCAGUGACCGAGCCAGCUCAGAUGAUGCAUCUUCCAAUUGGUCGGAGUCCUGUUACGCCUUACCCUCCCCCGAGGAGGAGAGGCCGCCUCCCCCUUACCCCUCUUCCUCCUCCUCUUCCUCCUCCUCUUGCUCGUCCUUCUCACUCCCUCACCAGCAUUUCUACGCCCGAGCACCUCCGGGUAUGCGUCCCGUCGCUCCCAGCCCCGAAUCCGUGCCUCCCGGCCCGUCCCCUCCCCCCCGCCGCUCCGGCUACAGCCCACCCCCACCCCCGCCCCCCCACUCUCUUUGCCCGUCCCCUCAGCAGCUUGACGUCAACUCAAACCCCAAACCCAGCUCCCUGCACCUCCUCCCCAAGCAGGCGUCCCCGUGCGAUGCUCCGCAUGCGUCCCUUUCCGAAACGAAUGGCUCCGCCCUUUACAUCAAACCCCCGCUCGUUCUCACUCGUCACGAUCUGUUCCUGGGCUCCCCCAAACCCCCCAGCACCCCCUGUCCGCCCCCCCCUCCGUGGGCAGCCUGUGCCUGUAGCCGCGAGCGAGGAGCCCAGCUGACUAGCACCCUGAAGAACAAGGAGCUGUCUCCAGUGAUCGGACAGAAGGGAUUCCAGGGAACAGUGACCCCUGGAGGACAGUCGCAGCACUCCGAGCACAGCCCCCACUCCCUGAGGAGAGCAAAGAAACUGGCCCCGAUCCCGCCCAAGGUCCCGUACUGCCAGUCCGGAGCCAUGUCCGACCAGUCCACUGGUCAGCCGUCUCCAGUCAGCCUGUCUCCCACUCCUCCCAGCACCCCCUCCCCUUACGGCUUCAGCUACCCCCAGGGAUACGCCACCAUCGGCUCCCCGUGCCAGGUCCAGAUGGCCUCCACCCCGUCUCUGUCCUCUCCGCCCUCGCUGGCCGGGACUCUGACGAAGGCCCGGCCGACCCCGAAGCCGCCGCGGCAGAGACCCAGCUUGCCUCCUCCUCAGCCCCCCUCCACACCCGGCUCCAGUCCCCAGCCUCUGGACACGUCCCCGGGUCUCCUGGACGGUUUGUCUCCUGGGGAGAGCAUGUCCACAGAUUCUCUCUGCAACUUGGACAUCCCCGUCAUUGACAUGGAGCUGGACGGUAUCUUUGACCUGCCCCACAUCUCCCCCUUCAGGAACUCGGUGGCGCUGCUCGGUUUGACCAAAGCCAGGGCCGAGUCGGAGGAGGAGUCUGAGAGCACAGUGCUAUGAUGACUCCUCCCACUGUUCCCUCUGACACGCCCCUCCGCCGUGUCACUCAACUCAUUGACCUUUCACCUCUGCAGCUGGAACUGGCUGUCGCUCCUCAUCACAACUCGAUCCGGCAGAAU